UACAAAAGAAAAUGCAUAGAUUUUUAAACCUAUAUUUUUUUUUCUCAAAACUAACAAUAGCUUUAACAAAGGGCUUAAAAAUAUACAUUAUUCCGUAGUGACAUAGUUAAUUAAAUACUUUUAUCGAAAUUUGAUAACAACUGAUAAACUUACAAACUAAUACACUAGGCCAGGAACAAGUACAGUGAGUAAUGAUUAGCCUUCGAUAAAAAACGACUAUGUUGCAAAAUGUACCAGUUAGUGUUAGGUGUAACCCUAGUUUUAUGUACGUUUAGUUUAGUGUUAACACAAGACAGUGAAUUGAUUUUGUCGUUGUCAGACGAAAAAUUAGGUAAGAUCACAGAAAAUUUAGUGUCGUAUAAAAGUUGUAGACUAGAUAUCGACUGUGACUUAAAUUCUUUUUGUUACAAUAACGACAAUGCAAACAACAGAACCGGGUCCUGCAAAUGCCAAUCUGGAUACGAAUUGUUAUUAAGAAAUCGCACUUAUUACGCUUGUAGAAAAUUGGCUAAAUAUAAUGAAGAAUGUGAAUUUAAUAUUCAGUGCGUCACUGACAUGGGCUCUCUAGCAGUGUGCAAUGGUGUAUGUACUUGUCCAGAAGGAACGAACUAUUAUCCAUGGGAUAAACGUUGCCAUGCAAUAAAUCUUUUAGGUGAAUAUUGCCGUACAGAUGGGAACUGCGUCCUGGAAAAUGGCUAUGCUUACUGCGUAGAUGGAAAAUGCGAGUGUAACAUUGGAGAAAUACCUACUCCUGACAGGAAUAGAUGCAUCACAGGAAGCAAACUUGGUGGAAGUUGCGCGGAUGAUGCUGAAUGCGCUGGAACAGAGAAUGCGGUCUGUCGAGAAGUCUGUAGGUGUCAAGUAGGAUACGUCAUUAGCAGAAAUGAGAGUACUUGUUUAAAAGCUGCAACGUACUUCUUGGAAACUUGUGACGAGAGCACUCAAUGCUCAGAGUUUCUCACUGACAGUGUUUGUUUAAACAACACUUGUGUGUGUCAGGCUGGAAGGCACGGGUACCAAAACAAGUGUGUGCGGACUUCGGGCAUCGGCUUUAGGUGCAGAGACGUAGAAGAAUGUAUUACAAGUACUGAACAGUCUACAUUAGUAAACUGCAUCGAUGGAGUAUGUCAGUGCUUGCCAGGAGUGGUAGAUGAAUCACUGGGUUGUUAUAAUUCCGCUUUUCUACCAAGCUUUAACAGUUACAUAGUUGUCCUUUUUUGUCUCAUCUGUUAUUUAUUUUCAUAGUCAACUUUUUUAAAUAAACUUUUUUUAAAUACA